UACUUUUGUGGCGGCCGAUAGUUUGUGUUAAAGGGCCGCGUCAGCUGGCGGCAGCGAUGAAAGGGCAGCCCGGCCACAGCGCGCUAGCGAGCAGCCGGCGACCGCGGUAAAAGCCCAGCAAAUCACACACAGCCGGCUCCCGGCGGAUCGGUUGCCUUUCUGCGGCUCCCCCGCCGCCUCACACAGCUGAAAGAUGCUCAGCAGGCUGAGGAGCGGCAGCAUCAGGAACCUGGACCGCGAGUUCGACUGCACUGUCAGGCUGCUGGACGAUUCCGAGUAUCCUUGCACCAUUCAGCGGGAUGCCAAGGGUCACUAUCUGAUUGAUCUUCUCUGCCAUCACAUGAACCUGCUGGAGAAGGACUACUUCGGAAUCAGGUUUGUGGACCCUGACAAACAGAGGCACUGGCUGGAUAUCUCCAAAUCCAUUAUUAAACAAAUGAAAUCUCAGCCUCCGUAUACCAUGUGUUUCCGCGUCAAGUUUUAUCCCACGGACCCUGCCACACUGAAGGAGGAGAUAACUAGGUACCUGGUCUUCCUUCAGAUAAAGAGGGAUCUGUACCACGGCCGCCUGCUGUGCAAGACCUCCGACGCGGCGUUGCUCGCGGCCUUCAUCCUGCAAGCUGAAAUCGGGGACUAUGAUGUAGGAAAGCAUCCCGAGGGAUACAGUUCCAAGUUCCAGUUCUUCCCGAAACAUUCCGAGAAGUUGGAGAGGAAAAUUGCCGACAUCCACAAAACGGAGCUUAGCGGGCAGUCCCCGGACACUGCAGAGCUGAACUUCCUGAAGAAAGCGCAGACGUUGGAAACUUAUGGAGUUGACCCUCACCCUUGCAAGGAUGUCUCAGGGAAUGUAGCGUUUCUCGCCUUCACCCCAGCGGGCUUUGUGGUGUUACAAGGAAACAAGCGGAUUCAUUACAUAAAGUGGACUGAAGUGAGCAAGAUGAAGUUUGAAGGAAAGACGUUUAAUUUAUACGCCAUUCAUAAAGAGGAAUCGAAGAUUAUUUUGACAUACUUCGCUCCAACGCCUGAGGCUUGCAAACAUCUGUGGAAGUGCGGAGUGGAGAAUCAAGCCUUUUACAAGUUUGAGAAAUCCAGUCAGGUGCGAACUGUUUCAAGCGGCAACAUGUUCUUCAAGGGGAGUCGGUUUCGAUACAGUGGGAGAGUCGCAAAAGAGGUGAUCGAGUCCAGCGCAAAGAUUAAGAGGAGCCCCCCAGAGAUUCACAGGUCAGGCCUGGUGCCCAGCCGAAGUUGCCCUUCCAUUUCCCACGGCUCCAGGUUGAGCAGUGUGCCCAGGACCCGCAGGAGGGCGGUGCACAUCUCCAUCAUGGAAGGUUUGGAAUCACUCCGGGAUAGCGCCCACUCCACGCCGGUGCGAUCCAGCUCUCACACAGACUCCUUCAUGAUCCGCUCGAGCAAGGCUUCGGCCGCCGAGGGCAACGAGCGGACGUCGGUGAUAGCGGACGAGAUGUACAGUCCGGCCGCCAGUGUCCUGCCAACGCCGGUGUCGGAGCCCGGCCACGAAUCCAUCCUCCUCCAGCAAGACUACAGCUCCAGCGGCAUCGAGGACAGGGGGAGCGAGGUGGGAGCGUCGGCAGCGGCAGAGAAACCGGCCAGAGGGGCUGGCACCUCGCCCGAAGGUGUUAGUGAGAGGGCGGAGCAGGAACAGGUGAAUACAUUUGUUUUAAGUGUGGCCCGUUUGCUACUGGUGACCGUCGGACUGCUCUUUGCAUUGCUCCUCCUCCUGAUCGCUCUUGCCGAAUCAGAUAUUGACGUAGCAUUUUUACGUGAUAUACGCCAGACCCCCGAGUUUGAACAAUUCCAUUAUGAAUACUUUUGUCCCCUCAGGCGAUGGUUUGCCUGCAAGGCGCGGUACCUGCUAAACCUUCUUAUUGACACAUGACAUCGCCCAGCCUGAGAUAUCAGCCCAGGGGCAGUGAGAGGACAAGAUGACGACAAGCUCCCCUUCUCUCCUCUCUGGUACCAUCCAGCUUUAUUGGGUGAAUUCAACUACUGCUGGGAAACUUGCUGACUCAACAAGCUUUCAAGAGGAAUUUAAAUCCAAGAGCGAAUUCCACAUUCAACCAUGCCCUGCCCCCAUCCCCUUAACCCCCUCUGAUGCUCUUGGACUGUUGCGCUAUCUAAGGUCUAUUAGAGUAAGUUAUUAACCAUUAGUACCCACAGGAACUGAGUAAUACAGCGUGGAGUUUUGUUAUUGUGAUGUUAAAGAGGUAUCCUGUCUCCAGACAUUAAUAAAAGUACCAAGACUUCCCUGUGAUAUUAAUAUUACAGCAGGUGGAUGUCUCAUGUCUAAGUAUAUUCAGUAGUGACAAAAUGUUCUCUCAAAACUGUAAGACUCUCAGUGUUUGUUAAUUAUACCUUGUAAUAUUUUAACAAUUUGACAAAAUAAUUAGUUUGGUUAUGAUGUACAGCUUCACGGGAUAUCCCUAAAACUAGGAUUUUUUUCAUAAUGACUAAAGGACAAUAUAUGCAAAAACCCAGGCUGAGUGAUGGAAGGGUUGUCCAAAGGCACAAGACUGUUUGGCCAGUUGUUAAGGUUGAAAUAAAGGGAAGAUGGGGAGUAAAUCACUGAGUGAUGUGUGCACUAUCAUCAAGGUGUUAUUUAAAUGAAGUGAUGGAAGCAAUGUUCUGAUAACUCAGGCAGUACAUUGGAUCGGUUAAGUUUGCAGAUUUAACAAGCUGGUUUCAUCUGGUGCAUUGACUUGGGCAGCUCUGUCACUGUUCACUUGGAAGAGAGCAUCUCACUCUGUUCCUCACUACCUUCAUUCACUAACAAGCAACUCUGACAAGCCUAAACUCUAAGCACAAAUGGUCUGAUACUAAAAACAAAGGAAUGUCUGCCUCGUUCAGAGGCAUGUGUCAGGAGAGGACUCUAUAGCUGGUCUUCUAGACUGGCCAUAUCAGCAGGCCCUGGGGGUUUGGCAGCUGCUGUCAACCCUGUGACUGAAGUAAUGAAAGCACUUGUCCCAGAGGAAGGAGGCAAUGCUCUGAUGUGCCCAAUAGGCCACCUGUCCAUUCAAUCCCCACUAAACCAAAGUCAAGAAUGUUUUAUUGUCAUAUGUAUCAGCACUGACAUUCUCACUUGCUGCCGCUUAACUGGCCCAGUAACGCAAUAACAGAUACAUUUAUACUAGUCAAUAAUAAUAAAUUAAUAACUAUAUUAGGCAAUCAUAAUAGUGCAUAAAAUCAUUCUGCUUUGGUUUGUGACUCUCAUCUAACGUCAGAUUUACCCAACAGCAGUUAUAACCAAACAAGCUGGAGGGACGCAUGGUCUGAGGUGGUGAGGAUACUUAAGGGGUUCACUUAGUGAUGAUGUUGUCAACAAUAAUGGCCCAAACUAGUCACUGACAAAUGCAAGAGGGGAUGGAGUAUGUUAGUUAUGAAGAGGCAAUGGGCUUAUUUUCUUGUAUGGAGGCAGUUGAGUGGGGAUUGAUAGAGGUUUAUUGCCAUGUCUGUUUUAUUGCUUUAGGUACCAGAACAGAACAUUCUCACUUGAAGCAACACUGCAGGUUUGUAAACAGUGCUCAAUAGAUAAUGUAAUAAACAAAAAAAUAAAAAUAAA